GGGCGCCAGAGAAUGCGAAUCGUGCAAUGUUUGCAUGAAGUGAGGGAUUUGAUUAGAUUCCACCGUUCCUCGAAGCCAAGCGAGGAUCAACUCCUACGCUAGUUGAUAUGAUCAUCGAAGGUUGUGGCAAGUGGAGUUUGGGAAUUCUUGAGAUUACAAUGCUCCCGUCGCCAGGGAUUUGAUUUGAGUAACAAUGCUCGUCAUGGAUACUGAAGCUUGUCUCCUUCAAUGGAGAUGAGUCGGAGAGAAUAAGUUGACUGCGGUUCGUUCCUGUAACGGCGUCCAAGUGAAAAUCGAGGGAUUUAAUGCGGAAUCUGCUUUGAAUGGACGGAGGCUUGAAAUGAGACUCGGCAGGAACAUAGCCACAGCACUUGAGGCCCAUUGUCGUUUCCAUGGCGGUCUCCACAGAUCGGAUUUGCGAGAAUAAAAUGACUGAUGUCAAUGAAUCAGUGAGAGUUGCUUGACGGAUGAGAAGGAAGCAGCGAUUGACUGUCGAGGAUCGAAUGCAUGUUCGAAUUUCAAGGGAGGAGGAGGAGGAGCAGGAAGAGUGCGACGCAAGGAUAGCGUGGGAACACAUUUUUCUCCCGACUUGGAAUGUGUACAGCCCUUGCAUGCGCGAGUGGGGUCUGCUCUGCGGCCGAAGGCAAGAUUGGGUUUUGUCCGCAGACGGACGGAUUGGAGGCCUCGGAGCAGUCUCGCCGGGCGUCAUCCUCGAGACGACUUUUGUCAUUCAAGGAAGCUUGUAAAGCUCGCCAUCUGAUCAUCCAAAAGACUGUAUUGCAGAGCACGAAGCCGGAUGAACCAGUGAGGCCCUCGCAGCGACAAGAGAGGGCCAGGCGAGUCCAGGUGGGGUGGUCCUCAAAGCGGCGGACAACUCCCGCCAGUGGUGCAGAGCAAUUUUCCGCAGGCAGGCAGGCAAUCAGGCCCAUGUUCAAUCCCUCUCUCCAGACUCUCCACCCAUCCAUCAGUUGCUCAGAGCUUCAGGGCCUGUCAUUCAGCAGGUUAGACUCCUUCCUCUCCUCCACCCCGAACCUGUCUCACCUUAGAACCCCAUAGACUCGCAACUCCCACCUCGCGAGCCAAUCUAUCUCGGUAACAGAGAGGGAAUUGGUUGGACCUGCUACGGCCAAGGUAGAGCUCUGCGUCGGAGGAGGAGGAGGACGAGGCUCACGGCAAUGGUCUCCACUCCAUCAGCGAGACGAAAUCUGAAUCCGUCUAGAGUAGCUGAGAACCGCAGCUCCCUCCGGAUAGAGUCCAGCUCCGGCUGCCUCCCCGCAGCAACGGUGGUCCAUGGCCCAUGGUGGUCACUGUCACUGGCUCCGUGUUCAAAUGCUUUUGUCCUCGGACAAUCCCCUGCUUCCAUCACCCUGGAGUCCACAGUGGACGAGGUCGGUUCUCGUUGGUAUUCUACAUUAAAGCUGGAUCCCUCGGCCCCACCUGCCCUCUUUUGAAAUUUACUGCACACAAUCUAGGGAUGUCACUCUCGGUCGACCUGACCUCGCAUGGCUCCCCGGGCCAUGCUCGCCCAGUUUCUACUCCCUCUGGACUUUUGUGUAGGAGGUCUAUUCUGCUCGACAUUGUCCCACAUCGUUCGUUCCUCCACGUUGGUUCCCUUUGGCGGGAGCUGCUGGCGAGAUGAGUAAAGUGCAUGAUUCAGAGAGUACUGUGAGGCAGCAUGUUGAAAAUUGGAUGUUUAAGGUCCCGUCCCUGCGUUCGGAAGUUUGACACGCACUAAGAUAUUUUCAUGACGUUUAUAUAUACUUUGCGUUGGAAAUAUCUCUACGGCGUAUCUUGUAAAUACCCAGACUCACUCAUAUGCAUCUCAUGAUUAUGGAGGGAGGGUGUGAGCGCGCACACCUCCAAAAGCGUUUUGUUCACUUGAAUCCAACCUUCAGAUUUAUAAGAAAGAGCUUUGCUACAUGCAUAGGAGGGUAUUGAAUCACCGAAGUACUUUAAAUUGUCGAGCUUGCAUUCUACUGAAGGACUAGCCUUUCCACGUAUCUCUUACAAAGACAGGUGAAAGUUUGAGAUCUGAUUUGAGAACCAAAAGGAAUCAAGGCGAUAAAUUUCAUUUGGUACAAUAAUGGGAGAUCUAACUAUGCCCCGAGAACACUGACAGACUCUGCUUCUGUUCCACCCCACGCCGAGGCUGUCAAC